GUUAUCAUUAUCACACAUGGCCCUUUGCACUGUGUGUGUUGUCAUUGCCAAAGUAUAAAAGCCAUAGUGGACCCAAAGGCGCUACAUAUUCGUACCCGAGCUUCCAAGGGUCCGACGUCGAGAAAUAUGUCUUUCAAAAUCGUUCUCUUCGCAUGUGUGGCCUCAGUCUGCCAGGCUGCAGGCAUACUUGCUCCUGUCGCCUACGGCGGCUACCCUUACAACAACUAUCCGGCUCAACCUGCCAUCGCCACGCACCAGUCGAAUAUACUGAGGUCGCCUUUUAACCUUGGACAGAUAUCAACAUAUUCAAAGGCAAUCGACACACCAUUCUCAAGCGUGCGUAAAUCCGAUGUGCGAGUCAGCAACCCCGGAAUAGCGGUCGGUGGGCUCGGCUUGGCGUCGGCGUACCAUGGUCUACCCGCGUACCAUGGUCUGGCCACGCCCGCCAUUCAUGGCCUACCAGUGACCACGGCGUAUCAUGGAGCCGUGGCUGCGCCACUGGUGUCCCAUGUUGGUGUUUCUCCUUAUGCUGCUCCUGUUGCUAAAGUGGCAACAGCUGGUGGACUUCUUGGCGUAGCAUAUUCCGCGGCUCCCGCUGUUUCUCACAUGACCUACAGCAACGGACUUGGCCUGACCUAUGCAUGGUAGACUUACGCAGCCUACGCUCUGUAUAU